AUGCCCACCGCGACAGACUCUUCGGAGCGUCCUCUAACGACCCUACCAUUUCCACCGCUCACUGCCACUCAUAUUCUCAACUGCUCCUUCCACUCUUGGUACCCAAAACUACGCCAAGUCUCGCCCAAAGCCCGAGUCAUCCCUCUCACAGACCCAUUUCUGGACUAUCUCCGUGCCGACGGCAUCGUCCUCCCACCAGACGUCCGGCGCGAUGAUGACAGCGGCUACUCGGAUGACGAGGAUGAGAUGGACCCCGCCGCCGACUGGCGAGAUCUCCACGACGAAAUAGUCGCCACAGUCAAAGAACUAGGCAAAGCCGUACCCAAACUAAACUGGUCCGCCCCGAAAGACGCCACCUGGAUCGCCACGACGAACGACAUGGAGUGCAGGUCAGCCAAUGAUAUUUACCUGCUAUUGAAGUCUAGCGACUUCGUCACCCACGAUCUCGAGCACGCUCUAGAAGGCUGCAUCGACACAGCACCCAUCCCCUACCACCUAGCACUACGGAAAUCAUUCGUCCUCAAUCCAGCCCUAGAAUUCCGCUGCUUCGUUCGCGACCGCCGCUUGAUCGCCGUCUCACAGCGCGAGAUGAAUCACUUCGAUUUUCUGUCUACCCUACGAGAGUCCUUUAAAGCCAAGAUCGAGGACUUCCUCGAAGACCACCUCCUCCCCAAUUUCCCCGACCCAGACUUUGUCUUCGACGUCUACAUCCCGCCACCCCAUGAGAAAGUCUGGCUAAUCGACAUCAACCCGUGGGCACAACGCACCGAUCCAUUGCUAUUCUCGUGGCUGGAAUUGUUGACGAUGCCGGUGCCGGAUGAUGACGAUGCGGAGACGGAAGAGGAGAUCUUUGAUCCGGAGUUCAGAUUAGUGGCAAGGGACGACCCUGAGGCCAACCUUGCGAGUGCAAAGUACAGUGCGCACAAGCUGCCAAGGGAAGUGGUGGAUGCGGGUAUGACGCCCAGUGCGAUGAAGGAUAUGAUGGAAGAGUGGAAGAAGGUUAUGGAUAAGGGUGGUCAGGAUGGGGAGAGUGAUGAAGAGGAUGACUGA